AUGAAAUCGAAGAAAACACACUUGAAAACGUCACUGUUGUACAUUAACGUAUUAUUGUUCUUCAAUUUGUAUUGCACAGCUUAUCCCUCUAUCUCUUUUGAUCCACAGGGAGUGUUAGAUUUCUACGAAAUCCACUCAUACUCUUGGCAAGGAACAUUUGCAUCCGUGUCACCUUUUUUGCACUCUAACUCCGACUAUAGCGCCGACAAACCCAUCCUCGUGGGAGAGUUCUGGGAAAAAGAAGGCGGCGGCAUGAACAUCAACCAGCUGUUCUCCUACGUCUACAACCACGGCUACGCCGGUGCCUGGUCCUGGAACGUGGUGCAGAACCCCAGCCAGAGGGGAGGAGUGUCCACCAUUAAGGACAAAACCAGUAAUGGAAGGAUUCCCAUCAACAUCUGAGCUAGUUGUAGGGAUAAUAAUCAUUCUCAGUGACGACUUAUCAUACGGGAAAAGAAGAACAUUAUAGCAUAUUAUGCAAAACACAAUCAAUAAUAAUAACAAAUGAAAAAAAAAUUAAAUUAAAUUACAUUAACUCUGGG